AUGCCCGCUUACAGCACCCCUUGGAGUCACUAUGUUUCCCAUGACACCUGUGUUCUGGCUGUGGCUGACUCUUACAACCACAAGAUAAAAAAGAUUGACGUUACCACGAAACAGUGCACGUCCUAUGUGGGCUGUGGUACAGCAGGCAACUCAGUCGCUGGGCAUCUAAGGGAGGUCACUCUGAAUGAACCUGGAGGGGUGUGUGUGGACAGAGCCAAAGGGAUUCUGUACAUAGCAGACACCAACAACCACUGUAUUAAAACAGUUAAUGUGAAGACAAAUGUCAUGAGGCCUUUUCCUAUCAUCUUCCCUUCUGUGGGAUCAGACAAAACCUCAGAUGUGGUGUUUAAACGUCUCACAAGGAAGUCCAUCCCAGUUACGGAGACCACGCCUGUGUGUCUAGCCCCAGGUGGAAAGGUAAUGUUCAAGGUACAGGUAGACUGGAAACCAGGCAUACACCUGACAGAGGGGGCACCUAGCCAGUGGCAAGUGUGGGUAGAGGGUAAGUCUGACCUGUGA